GUAAACUCAGGUGAUACAGGUUGUGGUGUGGGUAAUAAUCUCGAUCCAAUGUUGAUGUUCAAAGAUGUGGUUGAUUUGAUAAUCAGUCGUGAAUUCGUCUUGCAAAGGGGUCAAACUGAAGGCGCGAUAACAUAUAGCGAUACAGACGUAAGAAAGUUUUCUUCAUAUUCACACUCGGAUAGGGCGAAGUUAGGAUUGACGACAACUACUUCAACUAAUGCACCAGUUACAGAUUUCAUUCAAAUGGCAUCAACAUUGUUAUCACAAGGAAUGCCAAUCAUUUAUUAUGCAACUGAGAUUGGUAUCACCAACUUGAACUUAGUUCAAGUUCCAAAAACAAUUUAUCCAAAAGACAAGUCUUACAAUAAUGACGGUAAACAUCAAUCGUUACGAUCUCAUUUACCAAUGCCAUGGGAUUUAAAUGGGAAAAGAUUUUCCACAGCUAUAAAUGAUGCCAUUUUCACUGACUAUUUAAAUCUUUAUGGAAAUGUUUCUGUUGUUGAAACUGAACUUGCUGAGAGAAACAAUCAAUCAAAUAUUCGUCUCAUUCAAAAAUUGGUGGCUUUACGUCAGAAACCAAGUAUGAAAUGGGGAAAAAUGGAGCGGAUACGUCUGAAUGGAGCAUCUGAACAGCUCAUUGAAGCAUUUGCACGAAACGCUAAAGGAUUUCCAAAAUUUAUUGUGCUGUUAUUAAAGACUGCAGAAAAUAAUUAUUUGUUGGAUUUAAGUACUAUUUGUUCAUCAGUUACACCGAGAAUAAUUCAUCCUUCAAGUCCAAAUUUCCCAGUUGACAUUACAUUAUCCCAUUCCAGAAUUAACAUGUCAAUGGAAAUUAAACAGAGGCGUAUUUUUGUGUUUGAAUGUGACUAAUAAAUCCAAUUGAACAUUUAAUUCAUU